AUGCUCCGUUUUGACAAGAGCACGGAGGAUGUACAAGCCAUCGGAAACCGAAACCAACCAGAACCCCACGGCUCCCUUCAGCGGGCACGCGUGGAAAGCGGGGCGACAGGGCCCGGCCCGGCCCCGGGCUGCGCACCGACCCCCGGCGCUCUCACUGCACCCAGAGCCAGAGGAGCGCGGAGCGACCCUCAGCCUCAGCGUGAGCAGCAGCGCUCGGUAGCGCACUCGCGGCCACCGCCACCAAGUUUCUACGGGGAACGCCUGAAAGCACCGAAAGCGCGAGAGCCGCCUCCCCGCGAGGACCGCGGCCGCCCGCCGCCCCACCUGCCGCAGGGCCGCCGCCCGCCGCCCCGCAGCGCCCCGGGCCCGGACGCGGCCUGCAGCCGCCCGCCGCGCUGCCGGGAGCGGCCGGGCCGGGCGACGGGCCAGCGGGUGCCCCGCGAGCGCCCCCCGGCCCCGCCGCCGCCCGCGCCCCGCUCAAGGGCGCCCGCCGCCCUUCCCGCGCCCCGCCGCCGCCCCGGCGCAGGGGGACCCGGCGGCGCUGUCAAACUUCGGCGGCCGCCCCGCGCCGUCCCCCGCCCGCUCCCUCCUCGGGAGCCGAGCCCGCCGGAGCCCGCCCGCCCCGCGUCGCGCCUCUCCCCGCACCCCGCUCCCGGCGCGGCCGCCGCCCGCCCGACCUCUCCCGGCGAGCGCCUCUCCCCGCGCGCAGCCCCGCGCCCGCCGCCGGCACACAGCCUUCUCCGGCGGCAGCAGCGCCGGCAGCCGGGCCCGCCAAUCCCCGCCACCGCGCCUGCGCCGCCGAGCCCACCGCCGGCAGCCGCGGCGCCUCGCGCCACCGCGCGUGCGCCAGAGCGCACUGCAAGCCGCGGCACGGCGGCCCUUCGCUCCGGAGCGCGGCGUCUGCGCGUGCGCGGAGAGGCGGCGGGCGAAGAGGCGGAGGCGCGAGCGAGCGGGUCGGCCUUCCGCGCGUGCGCGAGAUCGAGGAGCCGGGGGCGGGAGGGGGCCGCGCAGGCGCGGUGGGCGUCGCGUCUUCCUGACCUGGGUUCACCUCGCCUCGCCUCACCCGCACCGCCCGGGGAGGAAAUGGCGGCGGGCGCUGUCUCACCGGGGUCCGGCGGGGGGCGGCGUCCCGCCCGCGGGAAGGGCGCGCUGAGCGGUGCUGCCUCAGAUCGGGGGGACCCCGCGCCGUCCCGCUCCUCGGUUUCUGCUAUCGGUGCGGGGAAGCGGGCGGAGCUCGCAGGUCGGCCUUCAGCGUCUCCAUGUUCGCGUUUAGCGCCGGUUUGCGAGGCGGUCUCGUCUGUCAGUCGUCGGAAGCGGCUCCGGCAGCGUUGGAAAUCUCAACUUCUCUGGAAAUCCUUUCUUGUGUGUUCAGAAAAUACGUUGUAUCAGCGCAGGAGCGUGCGGCUGCAAUUGGAGACAGCAGGGCUGUCUGAUAAUAAAAGUUAGCUUUCUUUGGUG